AUUUCAGCAUGGCUCCCGUACCCAGAACAGCUGAUUUAAUUUUUCUCUCAACCCAUCCCUGCCAUCAUCUGUUUCUACAGCAUGAAAUCAUUCCACGAGAGCACUUCCACGGCCCUGGUGUUCAUGUUGGCUUUCAGUCUUCUCAAGCUGGGAUCAGGCCAAUGGCAGGUGACUGGACCAGACAAUUCUAUCAAGGCUUUUGUGGGAGAGGAUGUGGUAUUCUCAUGCUCACUCUCUCCUAAGACAAACGCAGAGGCCAUGGAAGUGCGGUUCUUCAGAAAUCGGUUCUCUGCCAUAGUCCACCUCUACAAGGCAGGGAAAGAUGAAGAAAGUGUGCAGAUGCCAGAGUAUCAAAAAAGAACUGAGUUGCUGAAGGAUGGCAUUGUAGAUGGAAUUGUGUCCCUGAAGCUAAAGAAAGUCACUUUCCCAGAUGCUGGCAGGUAUGGGUGCUGGUUCGAUUCCAAAACUCAUCAAGAAGAGGCUACUUGGCAGCUAGAGGUGUCAGGCCAAUGGCAGGUGACUGGGCCACACAAUUCUAUCAAGGCUUUUGUGGGAGAGGAUGUGGUAUUCUCAUGCUCACUCUCUCCUAAGACAAACGCAGAGGCCAUGGAAGUGCGGUUCUUCAGAAAUCGGUUCUCUGCCAUAGUCCACCUCUACAAGGCAGGGAAAGAUGAAGAAAGUGUGCAGAUGCCAGAGUAUCAAAAAAGAACUGAGUUGCUGAAGGAUGGCAUUGUAGAUGGAAUUGUGUCCCUGAAGCUAAAGAAAGUCACUCCCUCAGAUGCUGGCAUAUAUGGAUGCUCUUUUGAUUCCAAAACUCAUCAAGAAGAGGCUACUUGGCAGCUAGAGGUGUCAGAAAUGCCUUCCCAGAACAAUUCCUGGUAUGCUGCUCUUGUUGUUCCUGCUGUUGUGCUGCUGGUUCUUGGCAUCAUUGUUGGAUAUUGUCUUUGGAAGAGAAACUUUUUCUCCAAAUGCUGCAUGAACAGGAUGCAGGUGCAUCUCGUCUCCCUCUCCAUGUCUCUGCUGAAAGUGAUAACCUUCAAGAACACCAAAGUGAGCCAUGGCAGUCAAGGGGAAGUGGUGCUGGGUUUGUGA